AUGGUGAAGAUCAAUUUACUUGGGCUUUUGCUGUUUCAGACCAUAAAGAGUAGCCUGCGGGGAAGUUCAAGCCGUGUGAAAUCUUUCAUAGCAAGUUUGAAUCUUGUGGACCUUGCUGGAAGUGAACGUGCCUCCCAAACAAAUGCGGACGGUACAAGAUUGAAGGAAGGCAGUCACAUCAACCGUAGCUUGUUGACACUUACAACAGUGAUCAGAAAAUUAAGGCAAAGAGUAAAUAGUUAUAGAGACAUCAAGAUGGAUCGGAGUUGGAUGCAAGAACCUACUAGAUGUUCGGAUAGAUAUCAGGCUGGUGUUGAAGAAUUCAUAAGAAUGGCGGGUAAUUGUGUGGGAGUAGAUGGUGAGACAAAGUGUCCAUGUCGUAAAUGUGGAAACAAAAAUUUUCAUCAUAUUGACUUGGUAGAGCAUCACUUGUAUGUACAUGGAAUUGACACUAACUACACUCGAUGGAUAUUCCACGGGGAAGAAGAUCCGUGUAGGGUAAAUGUUAUUGGCAACUCGCAAUCUAUGGGUGUGAAUGAAAUGAUAGAUGAGAUUGAUGAGGUUGAAGAAUUGUUAGGUGAUGUGCGUAUGGGGACAUUCUACGAUGCUAACAUAGGCGAGUCCUCUGCUGCUCAAGGUUCCACAACCGACGAUCAAUUGCCGAGAACAUCUUUUGACCGACUAUGUGUAGAUGGCCUGAGAGAACUUUAUCCAGGCUGUAAGAAAAUUUCAAAAAUCUCUUUCAUUUUGAAGAUGCUUCAUAUAAAGGCGAUUUGCAACAUGACAAACAAGGCAUUCGAUAUGAUGAUUGAUUUGAUAAAGGGGGCCCAUCCAGAUGGAGAGACCUUGCCACAAUCAUACAGAGAAGCAACAAGGUGGACCCGAGACUUGGGUAUUGGUUAUGAGUUGAUACAUGCAUGCAAGAAUGACUGUGUACUAUUCUGGAAGGAGCAUGCUGAUAAAGAUAAAUGCCCAAAAUGCAACACUUCAAGAUGGAGUAUUGUCAAAGGUAGUGGUAAGAAAAUUCCUCAAAAAGUCUUGCGGUAUUUUCCAAUAAAACCGAGGUUGCAACGGUUGUUCACAUCAAAAGAUAUAGCCAAACAAAUGAGGUGGCACAAAGAUGGACGAGAAGAUGACGGCAACACUUUCAGACACCCGACCGAUUCCAUUGCAUGGAAAGAGUUUGAUAAGGAACAUGACUGGUUUGCUAGUGAUUCCCACAACGUGCGACUUGGUUUGGCAAGUGAUGGUUUCAACCCAUUUGGUAAUAUGAGUACAUCAUACAGUAUGUGGCCAGUAGUAUUAGCACCGUACAAUUUACCUCCGUGGAUGUGUAUGAAGGCUCCAAAUUUGAUAUUGGCAUUACUUAUCCCUGGACCCAUGGCCCCCGGAAACGAGAUUGAUGUUUAUUUGCGGCCGUUGAUUGAUGAUUUGCAUGAAUUGUGGGAUGAAGGCAUAAGCACUUACGAUGCAUCGACGAAAGAGACAUUUAAAUUACAUGCAGCAUUAUUGUGGACAAUAAAUGACUUUCCUGCGUAUGGAAACUUGUCUGGGUGGUCUACCAAGGGAAGGCUUGCAUGUCCGGUGUGUAACAAGAAUACAACAUUCAAGAGAUUGAAGUAUGGGAAUAAGACGUGUUACAUGGGUCAUCGUAGGUGGCUUCCUAGAGGUCAUAUAUGGCGCCGAAAAGGAGAAUUGUUCGAUGGUACUGAGGAGCAUAGAUUAGCACCUAAAGAAUUGUCAAAAGAUGAGCUGUUGCGGCAACUCGAUCGCGUUACAGGUGUGAAGCUUGGAAAAGGAAGUGGGACAAAGAGAAAGCGCCCAAAUGAUGAGUUGAAUUGGACGAAGAAGAGUAUUUUCUUUGAGUUACCUUAUUGGUCAACAUUAAAACUAAGACACAAUUUAGAUGUAAUGCAUAUCGAGAAGAACAUAUGCGACAGUGUAUUAGGUACAUUGAUGAAUAUUGAUGGGAAGACAAAGGACACAUACAAGUCACGAUUAGAUUUGCAUGAGAUGGGUAUUCGUAAGGAAUUGCAUUUGUAG